AUGGCCCCCUCAAACGGCAGCAAUCCGCAACAGCAGAAUUCUCGACCUCCCGCCCCCGAUGUUGUCCCCGGACUUCCUUGGAUGCAGCUGGGCGAGUUCGACAUGGCUUCGUCCCUAACGCCGCCGCCCAAGCCGUAUCCUGCGCAGAGCAGUCCCGCUGAGCGGGCGGCUAUGAGGUUUGCGGUGCAUGGCAAUGCGGUUUUCACUGGGGGUGCCGGGAUGCUGGCCCUCGCCUCCGCAAGAGCACUGCUUGAGCAUGGCCUUUCUGGACUGGCUCUAUUCGACUUGCCAGCAGCAAUUGAAAAAGGAAAAGAAGCCAUCGAGGCACUCCGUGCGGAGUUCCCUGCCGCAAAGAUCAUUACACAAGGCUGUGAUGUGACGGACGAGAAAGGUAUGCAGGCUGCGGUACGACAUGCCAAGGAACAACUGGGUAACCUCAACAUCCUGUGCUGCUUCGCCGGUAUUGUCAAUUGUGUCAACUCAACAGAGAUGACGCUCGACGCGUGGAAAAAAGUGCUGGAUGUGAAUACCACUGGAUGCUGGAUCGCUGCACAGGCGGUGGGCAGCACCAGGCAAAUGAUUGAAAGCGGCCAGGGAGGAAAGAUCAUAUUCAUCUCGUCCAUCAGCGGCCACCGGGUCAAUUACCCCCAACCUCAGGCGGCAUACAACGUCUCCAAGGCCGCGCUCCUGCACAUGCGGAGCAGUCUGGCCGCGGAAUGGACCCGGUACGGCAUCAGGAUUAAUACCAUCUCUCCUGGAUACAUGGACACGGUCCUCAACGAGGGCGAGCGGCUGGCGCCAUGGCGACAGGUGUGGGCAGAGCGCAACCCGAUGCGUCGGAUGGGGUCGCCCGAAGAAUUGACAGGACCUGUUGUGUUGUUGUGCAGUGAUAUCGGCGGCAGUUACAUUAAUGGCACAGAUAUUGUGGUCGAUGGCGGUGGACUGGUCUUCUAG